AUGAGUGGCUAUCGUGGGGUUGCAACCAUAGUACUUGAGGUUGUAGCAUCUUCAGACCUUAGGAUAUGGCAUACAUUCUUUGGAGUUUUUGGUUCAAAUAACGAUAUCAACGUGUUAGAUCAUGGUAUUUAUCCUGAAUGGGUCACAUUUGUCAAAUCAAUCUCAAAGCCACAAGGGAAAAAACGCAAGUUAUUUGCACAAUACCAAGAAGGGCAAAGAAAAGAUGUGGAACGAGCAUUCGGAGUAUUGCAAGCACACUUUGCAAUUAUACGUGGUCCAGCUCAUUUUUGGAAAAAGAAGAAGCUUGCCAACAUAAUGAGAGCUUAUAUUAUAUUGCAUAAUAUGAUUGUUGAGGAUGAAAGAGACACUUAUGCAGGAAAUUUUGCUCAAGGCUUAGAGUAUGAUGAUGUCGAAAAUGGCUUAUCACAACAUCAGUUGGGAGAAGAAGAUUUUGCACCAUACCAUCAAUUUCUCCAAAGAAAUGCCCAACUUCAAAAUAGGCAGCAGCAUAGACAAUUGAAAGAGGACUUGAUUGAACACAUAUGGCAAUUUCACAAUGCUUGUCGUCAACUAUAG